AUGGCCCACCUUCCCCGAUUUCACCGGCGCAAAAAGGAUGUCGCUGCGCCGACUCUGAUCACGAGCGACCUACCUGGCAGGUCAGCGCCUGCGCAGGGUGAUUCGCGGUCCAGCUCACCUGCGCGCUCGUUUCAAAAGCUUAGUCCCUUCAGAGUAUUCCACCGCUCAUCGGGCAAGAGGGCGCGCGACUCGCCCCCAGCUUCGCUCCCGCACUCCCCAGCGGCCGCGCCGGUUGUGGCCGGGGAGAGCGCCGAUGGCCGCCCGGUUUCUCCCCUGUCGCUGAGGAGUGAUUCCGCUGGGGACGACGGGCAAAAGAGGACAAAGCCGGCAAAAAUGCCUGCCUUUCUGAAGCAAAACCAACAAGAAAUCGAGAACAAAUUCUCCGAACUCGUAUGGCGCGAGCGCAACCGGUUGAUGCAGUCGGUAACCAACCCCUCGCCCGACUUCCGCUGGGCACGUGUGACAGGCCCACACCUUAAGGUCCUCGACCGGUACUUGAACGUGCAGCCGUGGCACAACAACCGGAUCAAACUGCAGGUUCCUGACGGGCACGUCGACUACAUCAAUGCCUCGCCCAUCGUCGUGACGCCCAGGCCAUAUCCCACAGCCGAAGGCACAAUACGGGAACCGGACCGAUACAUCGCCAUGCAGGGCCCGAAGCAAGCUUCGGCUGACCAUACUUGGCGAAUGGUGGUGGAACAGCUGGAGAGCCCAGGCGUCAUCGUCAUGCUGACCGAGACGCACGAAGGGCACAUGGAGAAGUGCUUCCCAUACUUUCCGCGCAGCAAAGACGAUCCCCCGAUCGAAGUCAACGAACGCGACGAGUUCGGCGACGGUUUUCGUGCGACGGUCCGAUGCGAGGGCCUGGAAGAGACCCCCGCCGGCGACGCCAUCGAGCUCCGGAAACUCGUCAUCCGCAUCCAUUCCCGCCCGAAGCCAGGCACCACCAUCCAGCCCGUCGCUACCCCUUCCCUCCCCGACCCCGAUUCGACCGGCCGGGACCCUGACACAGAGAUGACAUCCCCGUUUGCCACAACCACCAGCAGCACAACUACCCUUCCCAACCCACCUCCACAAUUUAACCCCUUGAGCGCCCACUACCAAAAACAACAAGGACAACAACAGAACCAACCACUUCCCGAGCAAGAGCCAGAAGAAAAAAUAAUCUACCACUUCCUCUACAAAAAAUGGCCCGACUUCGGCGUGCCCCACCUCUCGGACCUCGACUCCUUUUUCACGCUCAUGCGCCUCUCGCGCGAGAAAAACGCCCGGCCGUCCAACCCGCGCAUCAUCCACUGCAGCGCGGGCGUCGGGCGCAGCGGCACCUUCAUCGCGCUGGAGCAUCUCAUGAGGGAGAUGGAGAGGGGCGUGUUCGAGGACUGGGAUGAGAGGGCUGCCCUCAUGUCAGGGGUUGGGUUUGGGAGUGAGGGUCAGAAUGGUGAGGAUGGGGAUAGUACUAUUACUGCUAAUCAUCAUGGUGGGGAUGGCGAGGAGGAGGGGGAUGAAGAGGAGGAAGGGUGGGGGAGUAGUCCGGUCGUCAACGGGCAGGGGGAGGAUCCUGUGUUUGAGACGGUGGAUUUGCUCCGGGAGCAGAGGCGGACCAUGGUGCAGGCUGAGGCGCAGUAUGGGUUUAUUUAUCAGGUCUUGAGGAAGCUCUGGGAGGAAAAGUAUGGUGGUGGUGGCGGGGACGAGGCGGAGGGAAAGGGAGAUGGGGAGGGGGAUGAGGUCAGGGAGCCGGCGGCUAAGAGGUUGGAGGUUGAACCUCCUACUACGGAGUGA